AUGACAUACCUUGCGUGCAUGUCGAACGAAACGUUUCAAGUUUUCGACGAGGCUAUGGAAAUGUACGAAGAAGGGAAACUGAGCGGUCAGAAAGAGGUAACUGGUUUGGAGACCAAGAGAGACAUCCCGUUCAGCACCUUUAGAUUUGUUCUAGGAUUGGAUGAAGGUGCGAUGAGAGACAUCUGGGAAGAAGUAAAGAAUGGGGAAAUGACCAUCAAGCAGAUGACGAAAGAAACAGAAACAAUAAAGAAGCUGCAGAUAAUUCAGGUGAAGUUGUUACAACUACUGAAGAUACGAACGUGGGAAGAAGCAUGCAGAGAGUUCCCUACUCUCACCUGUAGGGACUCUCUGCUUGCUUUCCGGGACUGCUCGUUCAGAAAUAAAACCCCAGACGAGUUUUCCCGCUACGUGAUGUCUGCAACGACAAACCAAUGGGUUGGACCAUCCUGCGGCGAGGAUGUCAUAUCAUUCAACAAUGCUACGGGUGUCGUACUCGAAGGUGACGCAACCGAGGUUGGGACUGCUCAAAUAGUUACAACGUUCAGAUCAUUUGAAGGAGCAGCACUUGUGAUCGUCGACCCGCCAGAGGCAUCAUAUAUCUAA